AUGUCCACUGGAGGCAGAUUCAACUUUGACGAUGGGGGGUCAUACUGCGGCGGGUGGGAGGAGGGCAAGGCGCACGGCCACGGGAUAUGCACGGGACCCAAAGGCCAGGGCGAGUACUGUGGGUCUUGGGCCCAUGGCUUUGAGCUGCUGGGGGUCUACACUUGGCCCAGCGGGAACACUUACCAGGGCACGUGGGCGCAAGGCAAGAGACACGGAGUUGGUGUUGAGAACAAGGGUAGAUGGGUCUACAAGGGGGAAUGGACGCAUGGCUUUAAGGGACGCUAUGGUCUUCGGGAGAGCACCGGGAUGAGUGGGAAGUACGAGGGAACAUGGAACAACGGGCUCCAAGACGGAUACGGCACUGAGACAUACUCUGAUGGAGGCACAUUUCAAGGCCAGUGGGUUGGUGGGAUGCGGCACGGCUACGGUGUUCGGCAAAGUGUCCCAUAUGGCAUGGCGGCUGUUAUCCGCUCCCCUCUUCGUACUUCCAUCAACUCCCUUCGCUCUAGUUCGGAACACAGUAACGGUACAGCUCUACUUGACCGGACCGGUGCAGUGGUUCCUGUUCCGCCGCCUGUUCCUGGUACCUUGUCCACCAGCGUCUCCAUGUGCAGUACUGGAAGCAGCGGCAGCAGUCCUGCAGUGUCUCGAGGGGGCUUUGUACUGACGGCACACAGUGAAACUGAGCUUCUAAAGGGGAAACGGAAGAGUGGGCUGUUCAGGAGGUCAAUUCUGUCCGGGCUUAAACUGAGGAAGUCCGAAUCCAGGAGCUCUUUGGCUUCUCAAAGGUCGAAACAGAGCUCAUUCAGAAGUGAAGCUGGGAUGAGUACUGUGUCUUCAGCUGCCUCUGACAUCAACUCUACCAUCAGCCUUGGAGAUGCAGAUGCAGAGCUGGCAGUAGCUGAUGAUGAUGUGGACGCCACAGCAACAGAGACCUACUGUGGAGAGUGGAAAAAUGACAAGAGGACUGGAUUCGGAGUGAGUCGGCGUUCCGAUGGUCUACAAUAUGAGGGGGAAUGGCUCAGCAACAAACGCCACGGCUAUGGCUGCACUGCAUUUCCUGACGGCACCAAAGAGGAGGGCAAGUACAAGCAAAACAUUCUCGUGAGUGGAAAGAGGAAGAACCUGAUCCCACUCCGGGCCAGUAAAAUCAGAGAAAAGGUGGACCGAGCCAUGGAGGGAGCACAGAAGGCAGCAGACAUCGCACGCCAGAAAGCGGAGAUUGCUCUGUCAAGGACGGCUCACGCACAGGGUAAAGCAGAAUCAGCUGUUGGAGCAGCUCAGAAAGCUCAAGAGGAGAGUCGCAUGGCCAGAGUCACUGCCAAGCAGUUCUCCCCAUCCUUCCAGCACCCUGGAAACGGAAUGGAGGUGCAACGCCCCAAGUGUCAGGUAUCCAGUGAGGUUGAGGCUGAGGGCUUGUCCAGUAGCGCUGGAACGGCAGACAGCCCCGACCUCUACGUGAGGAGCACAGGCUCAGAUGAGCCUUCCAACGCCACACCAGAUCUCAGUCCUCCUUCUUCCUCACCUCCUCACAGUCCUCCUGCCUUAAUUCGGCCCUCCCAGCGCAGUAAAAGUGCCCGCUUUCACCGGCAGACUGCAGUAGACCACGGGGACAGGGGAAAAGAAGGUGCAGAGCGGGGUGAGAAAGAAGGGCCUGGGGGGCACACAGAAAUCCAGGUGUUGAUAGAAGGGGGUAGUAGGGAGGUUGAAGUUGGAGGAGGUAAGGUGGAGUACAUGCGGGCAAAAAGCUGGAGUGAAGAAAAGAGAAAAGGGGUCUUGCACAAAGGUGGAGGAGGGCUUAGCGGACAAGGAAUGAGCAGGACCAAUGGACACAAACACAGCUCCUCCAAUCACAAAUCUCGGGACCAUGGAUCAUCUAAUCAUAAACAAGCCAGGGGAGACAGAUGGACAGAAACAUCCUCUUCUGCCUCUUGGACGUCUGGGCACAGGGGGUUGCACGGCAGGGGAGGGCGGCUUCUUGAGCAGGAUGAAGAGAAAAUUAGCAAUUAUGAAAUGGAGAUGAAGCCUUUACAGCCCAGAGACUCCACGACCCACAAGCCCCAUGGGCACGGGGAGGAGAAGCACGGGCACGGUCAUUCUUACGGAGAGGGGCGCUCACACACAUUGCAGCGACCGAGACAUAAGAACCGAGAUGGGAGGGAAGGAAAAGAGGGCAGGGAAGGAAAAGAUCAGCUGGAGAGCGUACGGCCGGGUGAUAAGAUGGAUUCUCGGCCUAUACGACGGGACCUCACCCUCUCGCCCCCUCUGAAAUCCUCUCCCAUCGCACCUGAGCCACAAGAUCAAGGUCUCAUACAGCGCAAAGGCCACUCAGCCUACAGCACUAUCCUGGUUGCCGUGGUGAUUCUUCUCAACAUUGGAGUGGCUAUUUUGUUUAUUCACUUUUUUAUUUAA